GUUGCCCAUGAUUUUGAUUUUGGCACUCCAAUCAUGGUCGUAAAUUACAUAAAUUUUGUCACGUUGCCGAAUAGCCCUCGGGCCAUGGGACCACGACAAAGGCAUCAGGCCGUGUCUUCCAUUUGCUCUUCGCCCCACACUGGAUGCUAGCUGCCUAAAGAUUCACAUUGUAGGCUCAGGACCUCUGAGGAUAAGAUGAAGUUUUUGAACGUAGAAGUCGUUCUCGAGUUAGAAAAGGGCGUCCCACGAGCUGGACUCAAAACCGAAGUCAUGAAGGAGCUUGAUGACCAUACUACAAGAUAUGCCAUAGUGUCACAUCGCUGGGGGAGCGAGAUCAGGUACGAAGAGAUGGUUGGGCUCACGAAGAUGGAGAAACACGAGUGGGAAGAAAUUAGGCAGUGCGAUGGCUUCCGGAAGAUCAUCAAGGGAUGCGAACAGGCGAUGAGGGAUGGCUACGAGUGGUUGUGGAUCGAUACAUGCUGCCUCGAUAAGAGGAGCAGCUCGGAACUAUCAGAAGCCAUGAAUUCGAUGUAUCGAUGGUACCGGAACGCGCAAGUGUGCUAUGCAUACCUUCACGAUGUUGACAAGCCAACCUUCCCCACCAAGCAAGAUGAUGGCAAGUUUCACAAGUCCAAUGGUUGGCCAGAGUGGUUCAUACGAGGCUGGACACUUCAGGAACUCAUUGCACCGAAACGUCUCGAGUUCUUCGACAGGGACUGGACAUACAUUGGUAACAAACGACGGCUUGCACCCACGCUGGAGAGAAUCACACAAAUUCCACGCGAAGUUUUGAGGGGUGGUCUGGCUGCUAAGCGCCUCAGUGUUGCUCAAAUCAUGUCUUGGGCCGCCGACAGGAGGACGACACGAGUGGAGGAUCGGGCAUAUUCGUUGAUGGGGCUGUUUGGCGUGAAUAUGCCGAUGUUGUAUGGCGAGGGGGAGAAGGCAUUUCAGCGACUACAGCUGGAAAUAAUUCGGGUGUCCAGCGAUCACAGCAUAUUUGCAUGGAGCCCGGCGAUGCCACGCCCAGGCAGUGUGCUGGCCGAAGAUCCCAGUGACUUUCGGCACUGUGGCCGCAUCAGGAGGGUCGACUUUGACGAGUUUGCCGAUAAACUCGUGAAGUACGUGGAUGACAAUCAUCUGGACAGACCGCGGUCCAUUCUCGGGACCAACAGAAGAGCACAUCGACGUAAACUUGCGGCCCUGCGUGAUACUGCGCUUAGCCAACAACAUUGCACAUUCUCUGUCAGCAAUGCGGGUAUCCAAGUGCAACCACCCAUCCACCCCCUUCGCGACUCCCCAUUCCACUUUAGGGCAAUAUUGGCGUGUAGCAGUACUGACGAAAACCUGGUUACCAUCGAUUUGGUAUCAUCUGGGUCUAGCUUUGAUAGGACCUUUGCCACUACUGGCAUUCCCAAUGCAUAUCCAGAGUUCAGAACUCUCCAUUUCGCGCAUCAUCAAGAUGCCAAUGAGAUGCACCGCGAUUUUGCACUUGACGACAAGAACACUUCACACUAUGGUUUCACUCGCUGUGGCACCUUCCCGCGCCAAUUCACAGGCGAUGCCGUCUCACUCAUGUCCUUUACAGAUGAUCUCAUCAUCAUAGUCUAUGCUAACGACAAUGCAGGAUCUCGCUUUGCAGUUGGCCUCGGAUACUACCUUGGCCAGGGAUGGGUGCAUGUUACCCACGAUGAACGCCUUGCAACUCAAGAGGUGAACUGGACACCAUGGUCAGACUAUGCCACAGAAGCAUAUCGACGAAUGUGGAAUGCACGCUCAGAACAUGCACAGAGUAUGCCCAAGUACCCUGGAGCAGACAAGCACCAUUGUAUCAACUUUGUCAAGCAUGCCCAUCUGCCCCGAUCAAUCUGGGCUGCAAAGGUGGUAUGGGGUCGAUGGGACACAGACAACUUCAAAGUGAUGGUUGAUGUCGUACAAUGUCCUGGUUGCUGUGAUGGUCCCCACCGAUGGACGGCUACAUCUAAUGAUGCGGAUGGCCUUGAUAUGCCAGGGCUAUUGAAGACACUUCCCCACGCAUAUCAGUUGGAGCUGGAUGGAUGGUUGGUGCGGCUCGGCAAGUUCUCUGGUCAACCUAUUACACUGGGUGAUUAUGGCAACUAUUCCAAUGGCAGUUUUAAACGUGAUGGGAAUAUCUUUGAAGAUAUGGAGGCACUUGGCAUCGAUCUUACGCACUUAGCUUAUCACCCAGUGGUCUCUAGCGUGUCCAGCAUCCAACGUCGUUGGUGGUCUGAUUUACGGUAUCAGAAUGAUGUCGUGGCAUGUCACGACAAGCACAAACACCUGGCUCUGCGUCAACCGAAGGGCCUCUCGCUUCCUGCCAACGAUAAUUUUGCGCUGCUGCUAAAAGCCUUUUCUUCUCGUCUUGCAGAGAAGCAUUUGGUGGUGAUAGUCAUACAAUGCUUAGAUGUCUAUUGGGUUGACGAUAGAGGAAAGCGAAGAAAUUCUGGAGGUGACUCCGCACCGGACGGCAGCAAACAAUUCACGGUGCCGGGCACCCUAACCCCCUUAUGCACCCUCGCGAACCCACAGGUUUGGCGACGAGAGUUAGCCUGUACGCAGAGAAGGAACCAGCUCAAAAGUAUCCAGUGAGUACAUUGCGGCCCUUUUCUGUCACUAACGUGAUGUUUCAAAAUUUAGGGAACACUUUUACUCCAUAGCGAGCUUACAUCAGCCCGCAAGCAAACAGAAGAAGGAUGUAGCGAUUGAGUUCCUUUCGGACAUGUUCGGUCUCAAGU